AUGAACUUAAAAGAAUCAGAAUCUAUAAAUGAUUUUUUUAAAGAUGACACUAAAUUCAUUGGAGAAUAUUCAAUGCAGGAUUACAAAGUACUCAGAGGAUAUAUACCAGGCUUUGGACAAGAUCUUAGACUUUAUUAUACCAAAUUGGAUCCUCCUAAUAAGAAAGCAUCCAUCUGCAUUAUCCAUGGAUUUGGGGAGCAUUAAGGGAGAUUUCUACAUGUGGCUGACUUUUUCGCUAAAAUGAAUUUUGUUGUGCACUUGAUUGAUUUGAGGGGUUUUGGAUUUUCAGGAGGACCAAGAGGAUCGCAAUCAAUAGCAGAUCUCCAAUUAGAUGUUGAGGUUCUGAUUAGAUAGGCAUCGAAGGAUCUGCCCCUAUUUUUAUAUGGACAUGCAAUGGGAGCACUUGUUAUUAUAAGUUUAUUGAUUCGGAACCCCAAAUUGAAGAUAUCAGGGGUAAUAUGUACUGCUCCCACUCUAGGAUUUCCAUUGAACAGAAACAUUGGCCCAUUGAAGUAAUUUGUGAUAAAGAACUUUGGACAUUAUUUAGAAGACUUAGUUAUUAAUACAAAUGUUAAUCCAACUAGUUUGAGUAAGAAUAAUUAACAUAUUUAAAGAAUUUUUGAGGAUAGAUUGGUAAUGCCAUUUCUGGGAGUGGGAAUGGCAAGAAGCAUUUAUAAAACAUUGCCUUUUAUCUUUAAAAAUUCUCAUUAAUUUUAAUACCCAAUAAUGAUAUUUCAUGGCAAAUAGGAUACACAGAGUAGUUAUGAAAACAGUGUUCAAUUCAUCAAUUAAGUAGGAAGCAAGGAUAAGCACAUAAAAUUGUUUGAUGAAGGAUAUCAUGAAUUAUAGCAUGACGAGGAGUUCUAGAGUAUAAAGUAGUAGUUGAGUGAGUGGAUCAAGAUAAGACUGGAGAGUAGUAUGCCAUUUGGAAUAUUGUCAUAGCCAAGAUUAUUGAUUGGGAUUCCAGUGCAGAAGAACAGAAGAAAGUUGAUAAUAUUUUUGAUGCUCUUGUUGCUUGCCUAUUUUUUGACUGUGUUGAUUAAGAAAGGGAAGUUUAAGAGAGUGCAAUACCCAUUUGUUCCUAUUCUGAUUUUGUAUAACAAAUUGAUUAAGAAAUAAUUAAAAUGA